CCCCUGAGGCGGGAGCCGGCGGCGGCGCGGCCGGGCGGCAUCAUGUCGGUGAGCGACAUGUUCAUCGCGCUGCAGGGCGUCCUCACCGCCGACCAGGACAUCCGCGAGGAGAUCCGGAAGGUGGUGCAGACGCUGGAGCAGACGGCUCGCGAGAUCCUCACGCUGCUGCAGGGCGUCCACCAGGGCGCCGGCUUCCAGGACAUACCAAAGAAAUGUCAGAAGGCUCGUGAACACUUUGGGACAGUAAGAACACAGCUGGCAUCUCUGAAGACCAAGUUUCCUGCUGAUCAGUAUUACAGAUUUCAUGAGCACUGGAGGUUUGUGCUACAGCGCUUGGUGUUCCUGGCAGCGUUCGUUGUCUACUUGGAGACAGAAACAUUAGUGACCCGAGAAGCUGUUGGAGAAAUACUUGGGAUUGAAGCUGAUCGAGAGAGGGGCUUUCAUCUGGACAUAGAAGACUAUCUUUCUGGUGUAUUAACUCUUGCUAGUGAGCUGGCCAGACUGGCAGUGAACAGUGUCACAGCUGGUGACUAUUCUCGCCCUCUCCGCAUCUCAACUUUUAUCAACGAGUUGGAUUCUGGCUUCCGUCUCCUCAACCUGAAAAAUGACUCCCUGAGGAAACGUUAUGAUGGCCUGAAGUACGAUGUCAAGAAAAUCGAGGAAGUGGUUUAUGACUUGUCGAUCAGAGGACUCAAUAAGGAGGCAACAAGUGGUGCUGGUGGCGAGAAGUGAAGGAUGCUCAUUUUAAUGGCAUCAUUGAUUACCUCAGAUGGUUGCCAAUUUAGGAGGCAUGUUAGCAAAGCCCUCCUGCAGUAGUUUAGAAGAACUGCAGCUGAAAGCUGCUCUCUAUUUUCUUACAAAAUGUGUAGUACGGGUGUUAGAUCUCAAUGUUUUGUAAAAUCAUGCCUAGGUUAGGGCAACAGGCUCUCUGUUCCUAGUGAAACUCCUCUUUCAAAACACACAUUGCAGUUCUGUGCACAGCAGCAAUAGCUGUCAGUAACUCUCAUAAACUGAAAUUCUCAUAAACUCUCAUAAACUCUCAUAAACUGAAAUUAGUUCCGUAGUGCUGCCUCACUGCUUUGGCAGUGAUGUGCUUCAGCUAUUUCUGCUCACACAUCUUUAAAGAUACAUGUGAUAUUUUAAGAAACACAGUGUGUAAAAUACCUGUACAUUUUCUUAGAACAGUGAUUUUUUGCCUUUUUUCUUAAAUUUCACCUACUUUAAUAAGUUGAAUGGAAGAGAUUUACAUAGCUGUUUAUUACCUAGAUCUUUUUAAGUGGUUUCAGUUAAUGUAUCAAAAACCUGUUAUUUGAGAAAUUAGUGAGCAAAUUCCUGAGAUUUUUCUCCAUUGGAGCUGGCAUACUACACCCAAACAUGCAUAUAUAUAUGUGUGUGUGUGAAUAUAUAUAUAUAUAUAUAUAUAUAAAAACACACACACACACACCCACACACACACACCAAACACCUCUCUCUCUCUCUCUCUCUCUCUCUCUCUCUCUCUCUCUCUCUUCCUCGUCGUUCUACCUUUUGAAUGAGAGUUCUGUUACCAGGGAGAGCAGGGUUUUCUCAAACAUCUGUUUCACUGGUUGGCAUUUGUUUUACUGACAUGAGUAAAUGUUGAAUUUCAGAAUGAUCAAUUUACCUUGAGAACUCUGUGUAACCAAUUUAUUUUGGACUACCAAAGUUUCCAAAUAGAAAAGUGUUAACUGAUAAACUGCAGGUAGUGUUUGAGUUCUGAAAACCUAAAUAGACCACAAUUUCACCUGUUUCCUAGGAUUUAAAAAAAAAUAGUUCAUGUAAUAAAAUGUUUGUAUCUUCAGAAAAUUGGAAACUUAGUUUUAGAUAGUUUGCAUGUAAUAUUUUUUCCAAACACCAACAGACUCUUUCCUCUGUGUAAAAGGACAGACUCAUAUCUCCCACUCAGUGUGUUUGUUCUUGUGUCCUAAAUGACUUUGGUUUUGAAUUUUCCCACUCUUUUACCACUUGGUGGUCCCAUAGGGUUAAGAAGAAAAACUAACUUAAGGAGGAGGAAUAUUUCUAAAAGAUGAAUACGAACAAUCAAAGUUAUGUUGGGUUUGUGUUUCAUUUUGUUGGCAAAGAUUUCCCAUUGUUCCAGUUAGUAUUUUUUUAUUAGAAGAAAAUGGUUUCUUGGUUACUUUGGCCAAUAAAAACUGUUCUGUGGUUUUGGCCAUUUGGUAA